AUGUUUAACUACUUGUUAGAUACGAUAGCUAAACUUCUACAUUCACAUCCAUUAACGUUGUCUGGUAAUUCACGGAGUUUAUAUAAUCCAAUCAUUGAAAUUUAUGCUGAAAACAGUCAAUCACCGUCUACUGAAAAGAAUGCAGAAACUAUGAUACCAUGGAAUAAUGUACCAGGAUUAAAUUAUCAGAAUGAAAGACAAAUUGUUCCGUAUGUGAACCGUGAAAUUCAUUCUGGUUCUAGUAAUAAUAAUGAUAAUAAUAAUAAUCAAAACCAUCCAUCAGUUUAUGGAUGGAGACGACAGAUUUUCGAUCCUAUCUCACAUAAUACAGCAUGGAUAGAACAUCAUCUCAGACAACGUAUACAACGUUACAAACAAUGGUUAUCACCAAAACAAUGGAAACAAUUUUUAACAGAUGAUUCUACAACUAUUGGCAGUCGAAUGAAUGCACCGGCUAAAUUUAAUCUUGCUUUAUUUGAAGCUGCAGUGGUUGGUGUAAGACGUGCAGUAGCUGAAUGUCGUUAUCAGUUUCGGCAUGAAAGAUGGAAUUGUAGUCAAGUGCUUGAUGAUGAAACUGCUUUAUUUGGAAACAUUUUACUGAAAGGUAUACCACAAACUGCAUUUAUUUAUUCAAUUAUCAAUGCUGGAAUAGUUCAAUCUGUAGCUGAAGCAUGUUUAAAUCAAAUCGACAAUUGUCCAUGUAAUAAUCGAGGUAGACAAGAACCAUUUUCAGAUUGGCAGUGGCAAGGAUGUGAUCAUAAUAUUCAUUAUGGUAGAAGAUUUUCACGACGUUUACUUGAUACAAUGGAACGUGGUUCACAUAUAAGAUUUGAAAUGAAUUUACAUAAUAAUGGUGUCGGUCGACAAUUAGUUAUUAAAAAUAUGGAACGUUAUUGUCGAUGCCAUGGAACAAGUGGAUCGUGUACCUUAAGAACCUGUUAUCGAAGAACACCACGAAUGAGAACACUUGGAACUUUGUUAAAACAUAUAUAUGAUCAUGAUUUAGUACAAGUUAAACUAGAUUCCAAUAGUCUGCGAUCGACCCGUAGUAUUCACGAAGAUAAACAAGAGACAUCUUCUUCUACAUCAAAUCAUUUGAAACAUUCAUAUUUAGACAAAGCUAUCAAAUUUAUACCUUAUCAAAAAAACAUGAAAAAACAAUUAACCCCAAUAUUAUCAUCUAUAUCCAAUGACUAUUAUGAUAGGAAUGCCAAUAAUGUAAAGAAAACUCAAAAAAAAUCCAAUUUGAUUAUUAUAAACCCCACAACAACAACAACAACUAUUCAUUCAUCCAUGUUAAUUAAAUCAAAUGAACUAAUGAAUCAUUCAAUACAUCCACAUUUAUCCCAAUUAGUUUAUUAUGAAUUAAUCAAUGAGAAAUUGUUUUGUCAUUCAAAUUCAUUUUAUCAUAUAUUAGGUACAAAAGGUCGUUUAUGUAAUUCAUCUUCAAUUUAUAUGAAUAAUUGUCAUCAUUUAUGUUGUGGCCGGGGUUAUAUAACACAUCAUUAUUAUAUCAUGGAAUCAUGUCAUUGUAAAUUUAUAUGGUGUUGUCGUGUUGAAUGUCAACAAUGUUUAGUAUUAAAAAAAGUAGAAACUUGUAUUUAA